AGAAAGAUGGCGGGAAGUCUUUGCGACACGGCGGGAAUAUUUCGCGCCAAAAUCCCCGUAACAUCGUCCCUCGCGCUACCCUCUCUAUAUAGACAACCCCAAUCUCCAAUCCUGACCCUGAAACCCCUUCAUUCCAAACACCCAAAUCAUCGCCGCAAUUUUCUCAAAAUGGCCAAGCGGCAGCAAAACGGAAGCCACGAAAUCACGGAGCCGGCUCCUAAGAUCGCCAAGCUCCACCAGAACGGCGACGUUUCGGAGAGGAGCUUUUUCAGUGUCAAGAAGCUCUCUGAAAAGGCCGUUUUGCCCUCCCGAGGCUCUCCUCUCUCUGCUGGCUAUGACCUCUCUAGCGCGACGGAGAUGAAGAUCCCAGCGAGAGGAAAGGCCUUGGUUCCAACUGAUCUGAGCAUUGCAGUUCCUGAAGGAACCUAUGCCCGUGUUGCACCGAGAUCAGGGCUGGCCUGGAAGCACUCCAUUGAUGUGGGAGCGGGAGUGAUCGAUGCCGAUUACAGAGGCCCAGUUGGGGUGAUUCUGUUCAACCAUUCCGAUGUCGAGUUUGAGGUCAAGGCUGGUGAUAGGAUUGCUCAGCUGAUAAUAGAGAAGAUCAUCACCCCUGAUGUUAUGGAGGUUGAGGAUUUGGACUCCACUGUCAGAGGUGAAGGAGGGUUUGGGUCUACUGGUGUCUAGGCCUCUCUCUGUUUACGGUUUUGAAAAUUGGGGACUUGGGGGAUUUGGG